UCUCUACCCAAAAAGAAAAAGAAAAUUGCGGAGGAAGAUAGGAGGAAACCAAAGGACUCUUCGGUGGUGAUGGGCCAAGCGCCGUCGUCUACGGCGGAAUCAAACGGGCGUGAUAUUGAUUUGAGGUUGUGGUCUCCUGUGAUUGCCUCUGGAGGAGGAGAAUCUAUGGCUUUGGGAAAUGUUGUUUCGGUUAGAGACCGGGAUUUCACCGGAGAUCUGCCCAAUGAGUGUUUAGCUCAUGUCUUUCAGUUUCUCGGAGCUGGAGAUCGGAAGCGAUGCUCUCUUGUUUGUAAACGGUGGUUGUUCGUCGACGGUCAGUAUCGUCAUCGGUUAUCUUUAGAUGCUAAGGAUGAGAUCUUCUCUUUCCUCACGUCUAUGUUCAAUCGAUUCGAUUCGGUGACUAAGCUUGCUCUCCGAUGUGAUCGCAAGUCCGUUAGCUUGAGCGAUGAAGCUUUGGCUAUGAUCUCUGUUCGCUGUUUGAAUCUGACUCGUGUUAAGCUUCGUGGUUGCCGCGAAAUCACGGAUCUGGGAAUGGAAGAGUUUGCUCGGAAUUGUAAAAAUCUCAAGAAGCUCUCUGUUGGAUCUUGCAAUUUUGGAGCUAAAGGCGUCAACGCGAUGCUCGAACAUUGCAAGCUUCUUGAAGAAUUGUCGGUGAAGCGACUCCGAGGAAUCCAUGAAGCAGCUGAGUUGAUUCAUCUGCCAGCUUCUGGUUCGUCCUCUUCGCUCAGGUCCAUUUGCUUGAAGGAGCUCGUUAAUGGCCAGGUAUUUGAACCAUUGGUUGCUAAUACAAAAACACUGAAAACACUUAAAAUCAUUCGUUGUUUGGGUGAUUGGGAUAAAGUUCUUCAGAUGAUUGGAGAUGGUAAAAGUUCUUUAAGCGAAAUUCAUUUAGAGAGGCUCCAAGUGAGUGACAUUGGGCUCUCUGCAAUAUCGAAAUGCUCAAAUGUAGAGACAUUGCAUAUAGUGAAAACCCCAGAAUGCUCAAACUAUGGUCUUAUUAAUGUAGCUGAGAGAUGUAAGCUGCUAAGGAAACUUCAUAUUGAUGGUUGGAGGACUAAUAGGAUUGGUGAUGAAGGUCUCAUGUCUGUAGCUAAACACUGCUUAAACUUACAAGAACUUGUGCUGAUUGGUGUUAAUGCAACGCAUAUGAGUCUAGCAGCCAUUGCUUCAAACUGUGAGAAACUCGAACGAUUAGCGCUCUGCGGUAGUGGAACCAUAGGCGAUACAGAGAUCGCUUGCAUAGCUAAGAAAUGUGGAGCAUUGAGGAAAUUCUGUAUCAAAGGAUGUCCGGUUUCGGAUCGAGGGAUCGAGGCGCUUGCUGUUGGAUGUCCUAAUCUGGUGAAACUGAAGGUGAAGAAAUGUAGAGUGGUGACUGGAGAGAUUGGAGAUUGGCUGCGUGAGCAAAGGAGGACACUUGUGGUGAGUAUGGAUAGUGAUGAAACCGAAGCGGUGGUGGCUGUGGAUGGUGAGGUUGAAACCGUUGCGGAGGAGCCGAGGGUGGCUCAAGCAGGUGGUGUUGUAGUGGAGAUUGGUCCAGGUAAUGGUGGUGGCAACAAUGGAGGAAGUAGAUUAGCAACGAUUAGGUCAAAGUUAGGGUUUCUUGCUGGAAGAAACUUGGUAACUUGCACAUUCAGAAAAUGGUCUAAUAAUGACAAUGCUGGUAGUUCCACGUGAAUCAGCUAUAACUAUAAAAACGGUAAUUGUCAAAAAAAUUAUCUUUUAAAUUGAAUUUUCUGUGUUUGCUUGUAAUCAUCUUUCAUUUUCAUUUGUGUGCAAGACUUUUCGACGAGAAAAGUCAUUCCAAGGAAGAACAUUUAUUGUAUUUGACUAUUGAUUUGGUGUCCAGAUUUAUUUGUUUUCUUAGUUUGGAAUCUGAAUAUUACUCAA